AUGAAGGAAAAAAGCGGCGGAAGCUGCUCCCCCUCCCCCCGCUCCCACAACCCCCGCACCCCGAAGCCCGAGCCGCCCGCUUACUCCCCGGCGAGGACUGACGGCUGGCUACACCGCGCGGCCGUAUCCGCCCGAGCGACAUUCUCGUACGCGGCGAUGAUGGACGCGGACGACAAACGCGACCGGCCCGUCACUCACUGCGUAAACAGCAUG